UCAUCGGAGGGACAGCUCCACACGUCAGAGGCUUCUCCAUUCAGAAGUCAGUCAAUACUCCUCAUGACUGGCAAGACUCCGAAUCAAAGCACCGAUGACCCUGCGGGGUAUCGGUCGAGGAGUUAUCAGACGGAGAUGUUUGAGGCCAGUUUGAAAGGCAACAUCAUCGUUACUAUGGGCACUGGCAGCGGAAAGACGCAUAUAGCUUUGUUGCGGAUCAAAAGAGAACUGGAAAGGAAUCCACACAAGUUGAUCUGGUUCUUGACUCCCACUGUUGCGCUGUGUCAACAGCAGUAUCGAGCCAUUGCCGAGCAUAUUCCCGCAAUGAGAGCCAGAACGCUCACAGGCUUAGACAAAGUGGAGUUGUGGACAGAUCAGGCUGUCUGGGAUGCAGUGCUUCGAGACGUCCAGGUGGUCUUUUCUACGCAUGCUGUGCUAGCGGAUGCCAUGAGCCAUGGUUUUGUGAGGAUUGGGCAAUUGAGUUUGAUGAUCUUUGAUGAAGCUCAUCAUUGCAUGCGUCGCCAUCCAGCCAAUAAGAUCAUGCAAGAUUUCUACCAUCCGGCUGUUGCGGUGUACGGUCCCGAUGCAGUCCCCAAAGUCCUGGGGCUGACGGCGAGUCCAAUAGUGAGAUCCAACCCGCAAGAGCUUCAGAUGAUCGAGGCCAACCUGGAUGCGAUCUGCAAGACACCUCGCGUGCAUCGGCAUGAGCUCCGAAAGUUCACGCAUUGCCCCCACUUGCAGCCUAUGUUCUUCGCUCCCUUUGACUAUGAGACAGAAAGGAUUGGAAGCAGGACCUUGCAAGCGCUCAUAAAAGCUUGGGAAACUCUCGACAUCGAAACCGAUCCAUCUGUCAAGCAAUUGCGGAAAAGCCUCGUGGGCGGCCAGGCGCUACAGAAGGCGCUUCUGUCAGGCAAGACUCAUUGUCGUGAGCAGCUAAGGAAGUUUGUAGCCAGAAGUACGCACAUCUUCGAGGAACUUGGGGAGUGGGCUGUUGAUUACUACAUUGCCGCAUCGUAUGAACAACUAAGAUCAAAAUCGGAGGACUCUCAAUCGGUUUCGGGAUGGACAGAUGAGGAGAGAGCCUACCUUAUCAACUUCCUGUCGCAACUUCCAGCCCCAGAACCUACAGUCACAUCAUCAGACCCAAAUGAUUAUCGUACUUCGCGAAAAUUUGGUCUCCUGUUGGAAUUCCUACAUGGAAGAGGACACCCCGACUUUGCAGGACUGAUUUUUGCAAAGCAGCGUGUAACAGUGAGUGUUCUGGCGCGACUAUUGUCGGUCUAUCCGUUGACGAGGGACCGCUUUCGCUGUGCCGCUUAUGUUGGCUGGUCCAACGGCAGUAGCAAGGAUGCCCUGGGUGAGCUCUUGGAUCCUCGGUUGCAACGUGAGACCUUGAGUGAGUUCAAAAGUGGUCAGAAGAACUUAAUAGUCGCCACGGAUGUGCUUGAGGAGGGUAUUGACAUAAGCGCAUGCAGUGUGGUGGUUUGUUAUGACAAGCCUCCCAACCUGAAAUCAUUUGUCCAGCGUCGUGGGCGUGCACGGCACAAAGAGUCGACUUAUGCCAUCAUGUUCGCAACUGAUGAUGAAUCCUCUGGCACUGGUAAAUGGGAAUCUCUGGAGCAAGCUAUGAUCAAAGCUUAUGAAGAUGACGAACGGAAAUUGCUCGAAGCGUGGGCUCUUGAGGAAGUCCACGAAGAUGUGAUUGAGCGGUUCGUAGUCGAAUCCACCGGUGCUGUACUCACCGCAGAUGGCGCUGUCGCACAUUUGACGCAUUUUUGUGAUGUUUUGCCGGCGCAGCCCUACGUCGACACUCGAGCCGAGUACUCAUUCGAAAUAGACGACACAGGAUUGCUGAGAGGAACAGUAGUUCUCCCAGCGUGUGUUCAUCCCAAGGUUCGACGCACUGAUGGUAAGCGAUGGUGGAAAACGGAGCGUGCAGCAAGAAAAGAAGCAGCUUUUCAGGCAUACAAAGCGCUGUACGAGUUUGGUCUUUUGAAUGACAAUCUUCUUCCAUUUACUGGUAGAGAAGAAUUCAAGCAGGACGAACUGAGUGACAUUCCAGCUCUGAUAGAAGUGUCUGAGCAAUAUGAUCCGUGGAUUGAUUUGGCGUACUCAUGGUCUUCGCCAGAACUCCACCAAACUCGAAUUGCGGUUGGAUGCAACGGGAAACCCGCACACAUGUAUGUGAGGUUGACUACACCAACAGUGCUGCCAACACUUGACCCGAUGACGCUAUAUUGGGACAGUAAGACGACUUAUACUCUGGGAUUUGGGGCUUUUGACAAGGCUGUAGACCUGACAGCUGAGGCCAUUGAGCAUUUGGGGUCGAUAACCUCACUUUUCCUUCAAGCAACUAUUUCGAAACAUACCGCACCAGAACAAGACUUUGUGUUGCUUUUCGGCCCCGAUGUACCACAUACAGAACUGGAAAGUUGGUUUCUCCAGUACGGAGGCUUUGAGUCAGCCAGUCAUGUCUAUGCCCGCAACAAUUACCCUGCUGUGAUGGGUGUCGUGAGAGAUUGCUAUAACAACCCGUUACUCUUCCGGCGGUGGAUUGUAUCUCAAGAAGAUGACUUGGCAGUCAUCGAAGUUGAAUGCGAUCGUCUUCCUCGCCGGACAAACCUUCUGCAUCGACAGACUUUGGCAACUAAAUUGGAGGCCGACUUGCCAGUUGCCUCUACUAAAGUGUGCGUCAUGCCUGCAGACUCGUGCACUAUUGAGAAGCUGUCGUUCGAACACAGCAUAUUUGGUCGUUUUAUAUCUGCUAUUAUGGAUAGACUAGAGGCGAAGCUCCUUGCCACUAGAUUGUGUGAGACCGUCCUAUGUGAUGUUGGCUUCUCGAGCACUCACCAUGUGAUCACCGCCAUUACCUCGCCUUCGGCCAGCGCGUUGACGAACUACCAGCGAUAUGAAUUUUUUGGUGACACAAUCCUAAAGUUCACUGUAUCAUGCCAGCUCUUCUUUGAACACCCGAACUGGCAUGAAGGAUAUCUAUCCAAAGGAAGAGACUCCAUCAUCAAGAACCAUCGUCUCGCUCGAGCGGCGCUUGAUGCCGGUCUGGACGCUUUCAUUAUCAGUAAGACGCUCACACCGCGCAAGUGGAGUGCGCCUCUAAUAUCUGAGAAACUGGCGUAUGCUGCUGGUCGACGCUCGAUGUCGAUGAAGGUACUUGCUGAUGUCGUGGAGGCCCUCAUUGGCGCAGCGUAUCUUGACGGCGGGUUCGACAGAGCCCACGCCUGUAUUCGGCGCUUUCUCCCCGAAAUCAAUCUCAACCAUUUCAACCAGUCUUUGCCAUAUAGCACACCAUCCAUCCAGCACAUUGUCAACGAGAAGAGGCUUAUAGAGCAUAUCGGCUACACUUUCAAGGACCCAUCGAUUCUCAUCGAAGCGCUUACUCAUCCCUCAUGCCAGCAUGACGCCUCGACUCAGUCUUACCAACGCCUGGAAUUCCUUGGUGACUCUGUACUGGACAUGGUCAUUCUGACCACGCUCCUCGCUCAUCCCACAGAAAUCUCCCAGGGCAGGAUGACCCAGAUCAAAGGCGCCGUGGUCAACGCGAACCUCCUUGCCUUCUUUUGCAUGGAGUUCUCUCUCAGCCAAGAGCGAACCCACGUCGACACCCACUCCGCCCACCAAAUCACUCUCACCUCCACCCAAGAAUUCCUUUCUCUGUGGCACUUCAUGCGCUGUGGCGGCGGUACCGACCUCAAGCAGGCGCGCGACCGCGCCCUAGCCCGCCACCGUGCCCUCCGUGGCCCCAUCCUCGACGCCCUGCAGCACAGCCCCGACUUUCCCUGGCAGGCCCUUUCCGCGCUCAACGCCGACAAAUUCUUCUCGGAUCUCGUCGAGAGUAUCCUCGGGGCUAUAUUCGUCGACUCCGCCGGCGAGCUCGCUGUGUGUGUCGACUUCGCGGAAAGAAUCGGGCUGCUUCGGUUCCUGCGUCGCGUACUGAAUGAGGAGAUUGAAGUCGUGCACCCGAAGAUGGUGGCGCAGCAACUGGCUGCCACGGCUGGGCUGGGGAACACUAUUUUCACAACGACCAGACUGAUGUCGGAGGCGCAGGAGGAAACCGUGAAGGAGGAUGCUACGUACCGAUGCCAGGUCGAGAUAGAUGGAGAGGUGAUCGUGACGGCGGAAGGCUGUUCCUGCGCUGAUGAAGCACAGGUGAAGGCAGCGUAUCUUACCAUUGAGUCUCUACAGAGGAGAGGGCUGUAAUUGUGGGACAUCACGACGCACGAGCCAGCGUUUUCUUUUGGAAUCUAGUAUGGUCGACAGUCGGACAGGGAAAACACUUCUGAAGAAAGGCAUUGCAUUGCUUGGAAGCUUCCGAGAAAGUCUUAGAUGCCAUCUGGGAUUGGCGAUCUCCACUGCUCUUGAUUUGGCUGUAUCUGACUUUAACUGACGGGCCAUAUAUUGUCUCUUUUGCCAAGGCUUGGCAAGAUUAUCUCUGACACUAUCCGCAUUGUGGAGGCUCAGUUGGGAUAAUGCGGUUGUACAGAUUGGUUUCGAGAAACAAUAAUGAAUGCAACAAGGUUGAACGAAACCUCCG